AUGGAGCCACAGUGGAAAUAUCUGGCAGAACACGAUCCUCAGUAUGAAGGUGGGAAAAAACUCAAAUUGGAAGGCAAGGUACUCAUGUCUAUUCCUCGCCGGCUGUUUGCACUGGAAGGGUUAAAGAUUUUGGAGAUGAGCCCAGAGCGAGAGAGCUGCCUCAAGUACAGGAUGGCUCUCAUCCCUCGUGAAAUUGGUCACUUGAGGAACUUAACCUUACUCUACCUGGACUCUAACAACUUAAAAAAGGUUCCUGCUGAGAUUGGCAGCUUGACCAAGUUAGAAAGGCUCACCCUUAGCAGCAACAGUUUAAUUUCUCUGCCUGAAGAAAUAGGAGGUCUCCACAGACUUCGCAGCCUACAUCUAGCAAACAACUGCCUGACAGAACUUCCAGCACCCGUUUGUCAGCUGAGGAACCUAGUUUUCUUAGAUGCAACUGAUAAUCGCAUUCACACCAUCCCAGACAGCAUUUCCCAGCUACAGAAACUGGAGUCUCUACUUCUGCUUUACAAUUCUCUCAAAUGUUUGCCCAGAGGACUCUGCUUCUUAAAGGCCCUCAACACCCUCUGGGUUGGUCACAACAAGCUAACAGAGCUUCCUUCAGACUUUGGUCAGCUGGUUAAUUUGGACUGGGGUAACAACAAUUGCUCAGGCAAUUUUGAAGGGAAUCCAUUGAAGCACCCACCCCCUGAAGUAUGUAGUGGGGGACCUGCUGAAAUCAGAAACUAUUUUGCCUCUCAAAGGAAAUAA